GGGCAUUUAAAGUGAUCUUCACACGCUAAAGUCCACGAAGCAAUGCCUUAACUGUAUUUCAUAUCUUCCACCAAUUUAAUGCUCUCCUCUCUAUUUAUAUCCAAUCCAACUUUCUCAACAAACCCACUUAACCAAGAAAAAACAUGUUUACAAAACCAAUCCUUUUAGCUUCCCUUCUCCUCAUCAUCUUCGUCUCUGCAACUCACUCAGCUCGCCACAAGAGCGGCAACGAUGGUUCAGGAUUCGGAGGUGUACCUGGAUUUGCCGGAAUACCCGGAUUCGGAAAUGGGUUCCCGGGGACCGGAGUCGGCGGUGGAUAUGGCGGAGGGUACGGUGGUCCGAGCGGUGGUUUUGGAAAGGGAGGUGUGGUGAGACCAACGGUGACUUGUAAGGUGAAAGGUCCUUGUAACGGUAAGAAGCUGAGGUGUCCAGCUAAGUGUUUCAAAUCUUUUAGUCGCUCAGGGAAAGGAUACGGCGGUGGAGGAGGAGGUGGUGGAUGUACCAUGGACUGUAAGAAGAAGUGUAUUGCUUAUUGUUAAAAUAAGAAAGAUCACAUCUCUUAUAAUAUAUAUAUAGUCAUUACAAUGAUUAUAUGUAUGUUGCUAUGUUGUAUUAGCUUAAUAGUUGAUGAUCAUAAGUAUCCUUUUGUCUGGAUUCGGAUGUAAUAGUUUUCAUAUGCAUAAUAUAUGGUUGUGAUGAAUAAAUGAGCAAAUCAUAAUAUGUUUUCUCAAUUUGUGUGUGCUGUACGAGAGAUUAUGAGAUUCUUUUGUUAUUUGGUCUUUUAGUAUUAUGAUAAUGAUUAGAUACUUUGAAGAUCCGCAACGACUUCCACUACAACAAAACUAUGAGCAUCAGAUGGCUCUCUUCAAUCCACUUAAUCAGUUUAAGUCAGCUAUUGUUCAAAUAGUUUCGAAUUUGUUU